CGCCCCGGACGAUUCCGGCGGCCAGGCGCGAGACCCCGCGCACCGGGGAGAUCCGUCCGACGUUCGCGAUGCCCGCGCUCAACAAGAGCCAGAAGGACAAGGUCAAGCGCUUCGCGUCCGUCGCGGACGCGCCCGAGGACCUCGCGCUGAAGAUCCUGAAAGAGGCGAAGUGGGACCUCGAGGUCGGCCUCGAGAUCUUCUUCUCGACGCCGAUGGACGUCGGCUCUCGCGCGGACGCGUCCGCGAUCGACGCCAUGUUCGAGUCGUACAGAUCCGAGGACGCGGACGAGGACGUCAUCGACGCGUCGGGGAUCGAGCGGUUCUGCGCCGACCUCGGGAUCGACGCGAUGGACCCGGUCAUCCUCGUCAUCUCGUGCCGCAUGCGCGCGGCGAACAUGGGCGUGUACACCCGAGAGGAGUUUCGACGCGGCAUGCGCGACGUCGGCGUCGACGCGACGUCGAAGCUCAGGGCGCUCGUGCCGGAGCUGAGAGAGGAUCUAGAAGACCCGGACGAGUUCAAAGAGGUGUACGAGUACUCGUUCGCGUUCGCGAAGGAGGACAACCACAAGUCGCUGGCGUUGGAGUCCGCGUGCGCGCUGUGGAAGGUGUUGCUCGGCGGCGACGACGCGUCAGGGCGCGCGCGGUGGGCGCUCGUCGACGAGUGGUGCGAUUUUUUGACGGAGAAGCACGGGAAGGCGAUCACGCGCGACACGUGGAGCCAGGCGUUGGAGUUUUCGAGGAGCAUAGGGCCGGAGUUGGAGGGGUACGAUCCCGCGGGGGCGUGGCCGUACCUCAUCGACGAGUUCGUGGAGCAUAAGCUCGAGGGGAA